UGGGACACCUGUCUUCGGAGUCCUGCUCAAACUAAUACUACCGUCAGCCGCGUGAAGUUCAAACAAUGCAGUGGCAGGACCUGGCGGUGAGCAUUGAAGAAAAAUAUAUCCUCACCACUUUAGCUGCGUUGGGAGGUACUCACGUCAAUUGAAUUUCAGUCUUUUUCCUACUCCCCUCAAGCAAUGGAGCGUAGGCAAGUAGUAAAGUGGCUUGGCUCUCGACCGUGGAGAUCUUGGUUGGAACUAGUCAAUCGUCACGCUGUACGUGAUCGAUGAUCGCGAUCAAAGUUCUGAUGACUGUCAUGAGUAUACGUGACUUCCCGCUUCGCAGCUUCGAACAUCCAUAGGUACUACGAAGGAAGGAUUGUCUUCCGAGAGUAUCCUAUAGGCCGGAAGCUAACCCACUCCAUAGGUACCGUGUCCGUUUGUAUAUCGGACGGUGAAUUGUGAACCCCGGCCGUCUGGCAAAUACAAGGCUCGAUUAUUUGCUGUAAAAAGGAAGAAAUAAUCAAGAUUUCCAUCGUACCUUUGGUCUUCUAAAGCUAAUACAAGGUGUCUUGGCUAUGCGGCCGCCGGCGUAGGUGCUUGAAUCCCAUCGGUUCGCUAUACGCGAUAAAGCAUGCAAAUUUUCAAUGCUCCUUCUUAUCACCCAUCGCCCCUAGAUCAACUCGAUCUGCUGUACAAUACUCGGUGGACACGCCACUGAUUAUCUAGAAGUGAUGGUCGACGUCUUCAGUCAGGUGCAAUGUGUUCCUCUCCCAAGUUUGACUUGUCUUCCCCGCCUAUAAGAACUCUGUUCUCAGCCUUGUGAUAGUACAGUAUCGGUUCUACUACGCAUCUGCAUUUUCCAUCCACCAUGACGCAAGCUUCAGGCUACUUUGGCCCAGUCGAUGAAACCGCUAGCGACAUAUUCUGGGAGAAAACAUGGAUGGCCGCUGGGUAUCUCGCGGGUGUCGGCUUCGGAAUGCAAUUCGUUCUCUACUGCAUUUGUGCAGAGGCGCUAUGGAAACAAAGGACCAAGCCAUUCUCCCUGUUUUUCUUGGGAUUUGUUACCGUUCUCUGUGCUCUGAACUGCGUUUACACCGGCGUGAAUGCAUAUGGUCUCCAGGAUAUCUAUAUUGACAAUCGCAAUUACCCAGGAGGACCAUGGGCCUAUCUAAAAGCAGCAAGCACGGAGGCAUUUAACAUCAGUUCUUCAGUUGCUUACUUUACAAGCAACAUCAUGGCGGAUGCUUUAUUACUUUGGCGCUGCAAAAUAAUCUGGACCGCUUGCAUAGGUCCCACAGCGAUAUACUUCAUGAUCUUCCCUGCCUUGAUGCUGUUGGCUUCUACUGCUCUUGCAAUCACUGCAAUCCACCUCUCCAUAACCGGUGGCUUUUUCACUGCGAUCGAAGGGAAAAUCAAUCUGUCGUGCUACACGCUUUCCCUAUCACUCAACAUCAUCCUAACAGCGAUGAUUGUGGGUCAGAUGUGGACAGCUAGACAGAGAGCUCGGACCGUAUUUGGCGGUUCCUACGGAAAACAUUAUAACUUCGUCUCGACAAUGUUCAUCGAAUCGGCAGCAUUAUACUCCAUCGUCGCUCUUCUGCUUCUUAUCACCUAUGGAAUGGAUCACCAAACCAGUCAAAUCUGGCUGGCUCUCGCUCCUGCAGCACAGGUAAUCUCCAACUACCUAAUCAUAUACCGUGUCGCUCAAGGACGCGCUUGGACGACUGCAUCGCUAAGCGGAACGUUCGGUCAAUCUAUGCCAUCCAAUAAACAUGCAGAGAUCGUGUCUCCUUCUAGUAUCGACAACGAUGGUACCGUUAUGCUUCAGCCAACUAAUGCCACCUCAAGCCAUUCACUUGAAGACUCGGACAGAGGAUCUUCGAUGGUUUGGGCAGCGCAUACGGUCUAGAUGCAAUUAGGAUUUAACUUUUGCUCAUUUGGAUCCAUUCGUCGUUACUUAGACCAUGGUUUGCGUUACCUUAGACUUUAUUUCGCUCACCGAGAAUCGACCCUUGAACCAUUCACUCCAAUGACAUUUGGACAUAUAUGAGAGGGCUUUGAAAGAGCAAAAAAGGCAUUCGGAUGCAUGGAAAUGGACAUGUCCGGGAUUGAACCGGACACCUCUCGCAUGCUGAGCGAGCGUGAUAACCAACUUUUUGUUUUCAAU